AUCACCUUCAUUUUUCUUCCCUAGAGAUUCCAUGGAGAGAGAACAAUCUCAUUUUUUCUUCUUGUUCUUGUUCUUGGUUUGUUCAUGGGUCUCCAUGGCCCAACCCACUCUUUCUCUUUCAUCAGAUGGCCAAGCUCUUCUCUCUCUGAAGAGCCCAUCACCAUCACUAUUCUCUUCUUGGGACCCACAAGACCAGACACCAUGUUCAUGGUAUGGCAUUACAUGUUCUGCAGACAACAGAGUCAUCUCUGUCUCUAUCCCCGACACUUUCCUUAACCUGUCUUCAAUCCCUGACCUCUCUUCUCUCUCCUCUCUUCAGUUCCUAAACCUCUCCUCCACCAACCUCUCUGGCCCAAUCCCUCCUUCAUUUGGAAAACUUACCCACCUAAGGCUUCUCGACCUUUCUUCAAACUCUCUCUCUGGUCCAAUCCCAUCAGAGCUUGGUCGCCUCUCUUCUCUCCAGUUCCUUAUCUUGAACGCCAACAAGCUCUCUGGCUCAAUCCCUUCACAGAUUUCAAAUCUAUCUGCCUUGCAAGUGCUUUGUCUUCAGGACAAUCUGUUGAAUGGUUCGAUUUCUUCAAGUUUUGGCUCUUUGGUCUCUCUUCAGCAGUUCAGACUUGGAGGUAACCCUAAUCUCGGAGGUCCUAUCCCUGCUCAGCUAGGGUUUCUGAAAAAUUUGACAACUCUAGGGUUUGCAGCCAGUGGUUUGUCAGGUUCAAUCCCUUCCACAUUUGGGAAUUUGGUAAAUUUACAAACUUUGGCUCUGUAUGACACUGAGAUCUCUGGUACCAUUCCUCCUCAACUGGGUUUAUGCUCAGAGCUCAGAAACUUGUAUUUGCACAUGAACAAGCUCACUGGAUCCAUCCCAAAGGAACUAGGUAAGCUCCAGAAGAUCACUAGCUUGCUUCUAUGGGGGAAUUCUUUAUCUGGGGUCAUCCCACCAGAGAUUUCCAACUGUUCUUCCCUUGUGGUGUUUGAUGUUUCCGCCAACGAUCUGACCGGUGAGAUUCCUGGAGAUUUGGGGAAGCUUGUUUGGUUGGAGCAGCUUCAGUUGUCUGAUAAUAUGUUCACCGGUCAGAUUCCUUGGGAAUUAAGCAACUGUUCCAGCCUCAUUGCUCUUCAGCUGGAUAAGAACAAGUUAUCAGGCUCCAUACCUUCCCAAAUCGGAAACCUAAAGUCUCUGCAGAGCUUUUUCUUGUGGGAGAACUCGAUUUCAGGAACCAUUCCGUCUUCUUUUGGCAACUGCACGGACCUAGUCGCCCUUGACCUCUCUAGGAACAAGCUAACAGGAAGAAUCCCAGAAGAGCUCUUCAGUUUAAAGAGGCUCAGCAAACUUCUCCUUCUUGGAAACUCUUUAUCCGGUGGAUUACCAAAGAGCGUAUCGAAAUGCCAGUCGCUUGUGAGGCUAAGAGUAGGAGAGAACCAACUCUCAGGUCAAAUCCCUAAAGAGAUAGGCGAGUUACAGAACCUUGUGUUUCUUGAUCUCUACAUGAACCAUUUCUCUGGUGGGCUUCCUUACGAGAUCUCUAACAUCACUGUCCUUGAGCUCUUAGAUGUGCACAACAACUACAUAACUGGAGAUAUUCCUGCUCAGUUAGGGAACCUUGUGAAUCUAGAGCAGCUUGAUUUGAGCAGAAACAGCUUCACCGGAAACAUACCGCUGAGUUUUGGUAACUUAAGUUACUUAAACAAGUUGAUCCUCAACAACAAUCUCCUCACUGGUCAAAUCCCUAAAUCCAUCAAGAAUCUGCAAAAGCUUACACUUCUUGAUCUUAGCUUCAACAGCUUAUCCGGUGAAAUCCCACAAGAACUCGGCCAAGUCACUAGCUUGACUAUAAAUCUGGAUUUAAGCUACAACACCUUCACUGGAGACAUCCCGGAAACCUUCUCAGGCCUCACACAGCUACAAUCACUCGAUCUCUCACGCAAUUCACUACACGGCGACAUCAAAGUCCUCGGUUCACUCACAAGCCUAGCGUCACUCAACAUUUCCUGCAACAACUUCUCCGGUCCAAUCCCAGCUACACCAUUCUUCAAAACAAUCUCCACAACAUCAUACCUCCAAAACACAAACCUCUGCCAUUCACUCGACGGCAUCACUUGCUCAUCACGCAAUAGACAAAACAACGGAGUCAAAUCCCCAAAGAUCGUAGCUUUAAUCGCGGUAAUCUUCGCUUCAAUCACAAUCGCCAUCCUCGCAGCCUGGCUUCUCCUCUUACGAAACAACCACCUCUACAAAACCCAAAAAACUCAAAACUCCUCUUCUUCACCAUCAACAGCAGAAGACUUCUCAUACCCAUGGACAUUCAUACCCUUCCAAAAACUCGGUAUCAGCGUCAACAACAUCGUCAAUUGCUUAACCGACGAAAACGUGAUCGGCAAGGGAUGUUCAGGGAUCGUUUACAAAGCCGAAAUACCUAACGGAGAGAUCGUAGCAGUGAAAAAGCUUUGGAAAACUAAAGACAACGAAGAAAGAGGAGAAUCAACAACCGAUUCAUUCGCAGCGGAGAUUCAGAUUCUUGGUAACAUCAGACACAGAAACAUAGUGAAGCUAUUAGGUUACUGUUCGAACAAAUCAGUGAAGCUGCUUCUAUACAAUUACUUCCCUAAUGGGAAUCUUCAACAGUUGUUGCAAGGAAAUCGAAACUUGGAUUGGGAAACACGUUACAAGAUUGCUAUUGGAUCUGCUCAGGGUUUGGCUUAUCUUCAUCAUGAUUGUGUUCCGGCGAUUUUGCAUAGAGAUGUCAAGUGUAAUAAUAUUCUUCUGGAUUCGAAAUAUGAAGCGAUUCUUGCGGAUUUUGGACUCGCGAAGCUGAUGAUGAAUUCGCCGAAUUAUCACAAUGCCAUGUCUCGUGUCGCUGGUUCUUAUGGAUACAUCGCACCAGGCAAGUUUCUCUAAUACGGAUACACGAUGAACAUAACAGAGAAGAGUGACGUGUAUAGCUACGGCGUCGUUUUAUUAGAGAUUCUAAGUGGCCGGAGCGCCGUGGAGCCACAAAUCGGCGACGGACUUCACAUAGUAGAAUGGGUGAAGAAGAAGAUGGGAAGCUUUGAACCAGCUUUAUCAGUACUUGACGUGAAGCUCCAAGGACUACCAGAUCAGAUAGUUCAAGAGAUGCUUCAGACAUUAGGAAUCGCCAUGUUCUGUGUGAAUCCGUCGCCUGUAGAGAGACCAACGAUGAAGGAAGUUGUGACAUUGUUAAUGGAGGUUAAGUGUAGUCCUGAAGAAUGGGGUAAAACAUCUCAGCCUCUUAUAAAGCCUUCUUCUUCAUAACUAAUGGUGAUUGUGUUUUCUUGUUCUUGUUCUUGUUUUUUGAUUUAGGUCAAGUUUGGUUGAGAGGUUUUGAUUUCUUGUACAUAAAGUAUCAUUGUUAGU